AUGAUAUCUGCUUGGAUGCUCAAGAACCAAGUCGAGAUCCAAGAGUUGAGCAAAAACCUUUUCAUCUUCAAGUUCUCUACCAAGAGGGAUAUUGAGUUUGUCUUGAAGAAUGACCCCUGGAGUCUCGAUAGGGCGCUACUGGUCCUAUAUAGAAUUUCCGGAGAAGAACAACCGGCAGACCUCAAUCUUCACACUGGAAUAUUUUGGGUUAGAGUUUACGAGCUGCCUCUUGUCCUUAGAAUUGAAGCCAUGGCAAGGAAACUGGGGAACAUACUGGGAGAUUAUGUUGAGAUGGAUUCGAAGGAAGCUUAUCGUAUUGGAAGAUUCCUGCGGUUAAAAGUCUCGAUGGAUCUGCAGAAACCUCUUAAGCGAGGGGCCAUAGUGAAGUUUAAGGAAAAGAACUUGAGGGUUCACUUCAAAUACGAAAGGCUCCCUACUUUCUGUUACAUUUAUGGCAAGAUUGGGCAUCAACUGAAAGAUUGUGAGACGUUAGAGGAUAUGAAUAAGAAAGGUUAUGAAGAUAUGGAUAAGCAGGAAUUAUCUUUUGGUCAUUGGCUGAGAGCUUCUCCUCUGCCUAAGCUGGGAGAGGAUCAAAAAACUAAAGACUCGAGUUCUGGGACCUGCAGUAAAAGUCUAUUCAAUGCCUCCUCCAGCCAUAGCAAAUGUGGACUAAAGGAUAAGGAUAAAACAGAGGAAAAUGAAGUUGAGCAGUUACAGUGGAAGUCAAAGGGAGAGGAUGCAACAAGGAACUUGGAAGUUGACAAGGGCGUAAAAAGGGAAGUAGCGGAUGUGGAAGACGUUGCGGAGUCUCUAAGUGCAGUAGCACUUUCCAUGAUUGUGAAACCUAACCAUCCAAGGGCGGAGUUGCUUCCUGCAAAACAAAAAAGGUGGACUAGAAAGAAGGGUGUGAGGAAGGCAUAA